CAUGAGUGGUGGUGGUGAGUAUUCUAUACAGAAACUUUGAGAGACAGUAAGGUGUGUUCGAAAGGCGCAAAGCAGAACAGGACCCAUACUUCGUGUUUCCAGUGCGAUUUUGAUUCCGUUUUUUCGUUUCGUUUGUCAAUUAUUAUGUUUAUUAGUGCCAGCGAGGCAUUGAAUUCAGAUAGUACGGAGAGUAAUAUAUCAAGUAAUUUAUUUAACGAAGCCAUGCCUGCAUUAAUCAAGACCAAUCAGUUAGAAAGUUUUAUGCUGAGUAGUAAGCGUUCCGCCGACAGCGAGUCUUCGCCUGCGGCCAGCCUCAGUAGUUCCAUGUCUCUGGGUGCAGGGCCUCUGUGGUGGUCCGAUGCCCCUGGACCGACCAGGGGCGCACCGCCGCCGCUGCGGCUUACUUUCCGCACGGGCCGUCAGCCCUGGGAUGCCGUGCUUCGCGGCAGGACUCUUUACAUCGCCCUGCCGCCAUGCAUGCUCCCAGAAGGCUCUCGCGAGGCGUUCGUCUCGCUGCUCGAGGCUGCCGAGGAUAAACUGAACUGUCAACAUGUCGUCGUGGUGUUUUCGAGCGAUCGAAGCGACCGAUCCAUGCUGAUCAGGACAUUCAUGUUCCUCGGCUUUGCAGUGCUGUCUCCGACUAGUCCCAUCGUGCCCCCAACACAGGCUACCGGAAACAUUUGCAUGCUCUACAACAUCGAGUAGUCCACCCCCAGCCAGGCCUCGAGCCCCUCCCACUCAACAACACACGCCCACUGUCGUAAUCCCUUACUCUAAGAAAUAAUUCAAGAAUACAACAGCUUCGCGUAUGCACCAAAUUCACGGAUCGCAUUUUACAAAUCCACAGUUUAUAUCAUUAUUUUUUUUUUGUUUAUUUCUAGAGAUAGGGAUUACAUCAUAUCUUGUCAUUACUUUCCUGUUUGUUUAAUUAUUUUAGCGGUGUUAUUCGGUAGAUGGUAAACUAUAGUUUAGGUAUUAUUAUUUUUUUUCCCCACGAGACUAAUUACGAGAUGCUUAAUCUAAAUAUAUAAUAACGACAGUCCGCGGCCUUGGGAGGGUGACUUUAAAAAAAAAAUGCGUGAAAUUAAGUCUUAGCAAUGUGCGGUUAGAUACAUGCCCCUUAACAACAUUUAAUAUACAAAAUAAAACUUAUAAAAACUUAAAAAAAAAA